AUGGAAAGCAUAGAUUUGGAAAAAUUGAAGGUUGAAGAGUUACAAAACUCUCUUGAAAUCCACGAACAGCGAUUGCUAGAGAGAAAGACUGCAGAACUAGAUGCAAUACAGAACACCAAUCAGGCGUUGCAAGCCAAGAUUCAGAAAGGUUGUGGAACCGGCAGAGGAAGAGGUAGACAAGGUGGUCGUGGAGGCCGAAAUGGAGGGAGAUUCAUCAAUAAUGUCGAACAAACCAAAAGUGAAAUAAGCAGUGAUCAAAAGGAAGGAAAUCACAGAGGCAGAGGGAAACCCAGAGGAAAAGGAGGAAGAAAGAGUGUUGAAAGAAGAAAUGUGCAGUGCUAUACGUGCAACAAGUUUGGUCAUUACUCCUCUGAAUGCUGGCAUAAUGAGAGUAACAAGAAAGAAGAUAACAACGAAGCCAAUCUUGUAAAAGAUGAGAUGGAAUCAGAUUCAGAUCACGUGAUGUUAAUGACAGUUGCAUCGCAUGAAGAAAUUAGAGAAGAUAGAAAAAUAGCAUGCAAAGAAUUCAAUCAGCAAACAAGCAAGGAAUUGGACAGGUGUGAAAAGGAAACUAAGUGUGUCACACACGUGUCUGUUGCAGAGAAAGAAACCCAUGCAGAACAGGAGAUGUCAUGGUAUCUGAAUACUAGUAGUUCCAAUCACAUGUCAGGCAAUCGAAGGUGGUUUCUUGACCUUGAUACAAGUGUCAAGAGCACGAUUAGAUUCGGAGACAACAGCACCAUUCAAGCUGAAGGGAUGGGAAAAAUUUUGAUCAAAGGCAAAGAUGGAAAACCAGUAUAUCUGCACAACGUUCUUUAUGUGCCCAUGAUGAAGUGUAAUCUUCUUAGUCUUGGUCAGUUACUUGAAAAGGGUUUCACAAUGAAAAUGCAGAAGAGACAUAUCGAAGUUUUUGACAAGAAACAGCGUCUGAUAUUCAAAGCACCAGCUUCAAGGAAUCGAACGUUUAGAGUGAAUUUAAAUACAACGGAAAUUCAAUGCAUGGCUACAACAAGUGUUGAAGAGGAAUGGCUAUGGCACUAUCGGUUUGGGCAUUUGAAUUCAGAAGCCUAUGCCAACUGA